CAGAUUUCCCUCUCCUUCCCCGCAAGCACUAUUGGCUGGUCUGUCUGCUUCAUUUGCUGCACGGUACCAUGGUCCGCAUUAUCAUCAAAGGUGGCGUUUGGAAGAAUACGGAGGAUGAAGUUCUGAAGGCUGCUAUCGCGAAGUACGGCAAGAACCAAUGGGCCCGUAUCUCGUCUCUUCUGGUUCGAAAGACUCCGAAACAGUGCAAGGCUCGGUGGUAUGAGUGGUUGGACCCUUCCAUCAAGAAGACAGAAUGGUCAAAAGAAGAAGACGAGAAACUCCUCCACCUUGCCAAGCUCAUGCCCACCCAAUGGCGCACCAUAGCCCCCAUCGUCGGUCGCACAGCGACACAAUGUCUCGAACGCUACCAAAAGCUUCUCGACGAAGCUGAAGCAAAGGAGAACGAGGAGCUGGGGCUUGCUGGGCCUGGUGACGCGGGACCCGGAGUGGAUGAUGUGAGGAGGUUGAGACCAGGAGAGAUUGACCCCGACCCAGAGACGAAGCCAGCGAGGCCAGAUCCUAUUGACAUGGACGAAGAUGAGAAGGAGAUGUUGUCCGAAGCCCGUGCUCGUCUUGCCAACACUCAGGGUAAGAAGGCCAAGCGGAAAGCUAGAGAACGUCAAUUGGAAGAGGCUCGACGGUUGGCGGUCUUGCAAAAGAAGCGCGAGUUGAAGGCAGCGGGCAUCAUUAUGCGCCACAAGUCGAAGAAGAAGGGCAUGGACUACAACGCGGAUAUUCCCUUUGAGAAGAAACCCGCUCCAGGUUUCUACGACACCUCCGAGGAACAAGCUCGCAUCGCCUCCGCUCCCGUCGGCCAAACCUUGCGUCGCCUCGAAAACAAGCGCAAGCCAGAAGAAGAAGAGGCUGAGCGUAAGAAGCGGCAACGGAAGAACAAGGAGGGUGAAAAUGGUGGGCCCCAUCAGACAAAGUUCAUUGCCGCCAGGGACGCGCAAAUUCAGAAGUUGAAAGAGGCUGAGUCGAUCGGGAGACGGAGUAAAUUGGUGCUGCCGUCAGCGCAGGUUGGGGAGGCAGAGUUGGAAGAGAUUGUGAAGAUUGGGCAGGCGGAUCAGAAUGCGAAGGCGUUGAUGGGUGAGGGGGAUGACGCUAGUGGCCAAUUGCUGGGCGAGUAUGAAGGGUUUGAUAAGGCGAAGAUGGCCAGAACACCACGCACGGCUCCUCAGCAGGACAACAUCAUGUUGGAAGCGCGAAAUCUACGAAACAUGACCGUCGCUCAGACCCCACUCCUCGGCGACGAGAACACACCCAUGCAUGUCUCCGAAGCAGGGGGCACCGGCUUCGAAGGAGCCACACCUCGCCACCAAACCGCAUUCACCCCCAAUCCACUCACCACUCCUCUCAACCGCUCUCGAGACGUUGGAGCCACUCCCCGAACAGACGCUGGCGCUAGUGUUGCAGCGACACCCCUUCGUACACCCAUGCGCGACAAUCUGAGUAUCAACCCUGAGGACGGGACCUCGUUCGUUGGAGACACCCCUCGUGAGCAACGUAUGCGUGCGGCGUCAGCAAAGAGGUCACUCAAGGCUGGCUUCAUGAGCCUACCGAAACCGGAAAACAACUUCGAACUGCUCGUCCCAGAUGACGAAGAUGAGGAAGGUGCCCAGGCAGAUGGGAUGGUUCUUUCUGAGGAGGAUGCUGCUGAGCGAGACGCAAGGCUGAAGAAGAAGCGGGAAGAGGAAGAACGGAAAGCUCUCGCUCGUCGUUCCAUGCCCGUCCAACUCGGACUUCCUCGGCCACCGAACGUGGAUCUCGAUCAACUACUCAAAGACCUCAGUCUUGUACCCGCUGGCGAGUCGGAGUUAGAAAAGGCCCAGAGGCUCGUGGAUAUGGAGGUCGCACAGUUAUUACAGCAUGACUCAAUCGCACAUCCAGUGCCUGGGACUUCCACCCCAGGUGGCACACAGUCGACGUACGAGAUGCCCGAAGACGAGUAUAUUGCUGCUGCGAAAGAGGCCAUUCAGCUUGAGCUCGCGACUGCUGUAGGAUUCCCAGGCGCGCCUCCCGAACAAGUCAAGGACGGUGUUAUUGCUCUUUCGAAGGACGAGACGAUCAAUCCAAGUUCAUCCUGGGCAGCACUCAAAGAAGAACUUGCAUACGACACUUCGUCUGGCCGCUGGGUAGAAUCCUCUUCCCUGAGUCCAGAAGCCCGCAUUGCUGGAUAUUCCUCCCUCCUGGAAGAGCACCGUGCGACCAUGGGCCGUGAAGCAGCCCGCGCCGCCAAAGUCGAGAAGAAACUCGGUAUCACUCUCGGCGGGUACAUCAACCGCUCAACCGACCUUACCAAACGGCUCGCACAUGCAUUCGAGCAAUUCACCAACACGACGAUCGACCUCAAAUCGUUCGAACGCUUGAGAAUGAACGAGACCGCGGUCGGCCCGGCUAGGGUGAGCAAGUUGAGGGAGGAGGUAGAGGUGUUGGAGAGGAGAGAGCAGGGCUUGCAAUCGGUGUAUAAGGAGUUGGUGGAUGAGAAGGAGGAGCAUGAGAGGAGAGUCAGUACGUUGGAGGAGAGGGUCAUGGAGGAGGCGGAGAGGUUGAACGAGCAGGUUAUGGCGGAAUCUGAGGGAGUAAACGGGACGACAUGAUUCGGUGAUGUUGGCCUCUUGAGUUGAGGUACUAUCUGUUCUUUCUGUAUCUUGAGAACCUAGGAUUUAUGUUCACGUUUCAUGCAUGCACGUUGGGCCCGCACCUCUAACGGGCGAUUCGUGCCAGUGAUUGCAAAGGCC